GCCCGACACUCGGCAAAGAGGCUAAGAGGAGAAGGUCCACCUUGUUCAACCGUUUACUAUAAGCCUCAAAGCAUGGGAGACUCGCAGCAGUUUGACUUCUACCAGAUGGGAUAUUAUGUAGACGACCAGGGCCGCACUGUGGCUUUCUAUGAUGAACCGCAGGACGUCAUUCCAGAUGUUCAGGAUCCUUUCAUGGAGCAGCAAUACACAGGAGAGAUCUAUCAGCCAACGCACACCGCCACAUAUGGAGAUUCUCCUGAGGAUGAACCUCCUCUUCUUGUUGAACUUGGAAUUGAUUUUGACCACAUGUGGCAGAAGACGCUCACUGUGUUGAACCCUUUCAAGCCUGCUGAUGGCAGCAUCAUGAAUGAGACAGAUCUGACAGGUCCCAUCCUCUUCUGCAUCGCACUGGGCGUCACUUUAAUGAUGGCGGGUAAAGUCCACUUUGGUUAUGUGUACGGGAUCAGUGCCAUCGCCUGCAUUGUGAUGUACAUGUUGUUGAGUCUGAUGAGCGCCCUGUCAGUCUCUUACGGCUGCGUGGCCAGUGUCCUCGGGUACUGCCUCCUACCGAUCGUGGCCCUCUCUGCAUUCGCCGUCUUCUACUCUCUGCAAGAUGCUCUGGGAACAGUUCUGGCCUUGUUAGCCAUUUGUUGGUGUAGUUUCUCAGCCUCCAAGAUCUUCAUCUCCACGCUGGCGAUGCACGAGCAGCAGCUGCUGGUGUUUUACCCGUGUGUCCUGCUGUACGGGCUCUUCACUCUGCUGACUGUGUUUUAACCUUCACCUGAAUCAAACUCAAUUUAAAACAAUCUGACAUGCAGGAAACACGUUGGAUAAUGUGAUUUUUUUU